AUGUUCUCAGGGCGGCAUCAUCAGUCUCAAGACUCUAUGGAAAAGGAGCUGAGCAACGCCAGCGGCCUCACAUUGGGUGAACUGUCAGUCACACCGGACGACACAAGACCCACUCGUCACUUGUCGAACAAAAGCUCAUCUUCCAGUAGUGGUUCACGACGAUUGUCACUGCCUCACACCAUCACAGAGAGACAUGGAGGCCAGGAGCUCUGGGUCAAAGCCCCCGUGGUCUCCGGAGCGCUCGAGAAACGCGGCUUUCGCUGGCGUAAGAAGUGGAAAUUGCGCUACGUGGAGCUAGACGGGCGACAACUUGCCUACUAUGAAGACUCGGGGGCUUUUAGUGUCACGACAGCAACUGCUAGUGGCACUAGGAGGAACAGUAAGCCCAAGAGGAAGGUGAUGCUCACAGCCGACGCACAAUUGGAAGAUAUGGACGAUACCACGCUGAGUAUUACGCCAGCUCUGGACGAGAAGCCGUGGAUGCUUCGAGCUCGAGAUACCACCACGAAGCGACGUUGGCUCGUGGCUCUGUCGGACUGUAUCGACAUUCUCGUGUGGCUACGACACUACAAACUCGGAGCUGUACUGGGUGUAGGCGGCAACGGCGUCGUACAGAAAUUGGAGGACGAACGUGAUGGUACAGUGUACGCAGUCAAGGUGUUGGAUGUAGCCAAGUUCCGAAACCGCGAACAAGUGGUGGCAGAGGUGGAGAUCUUACGCAACAUCACGAACAACAUCCAACAUCCGAAUCUCAUCAGGAUCCACAAGGUUUACGAAGAACAUCAGAAGGUUUAUAUCAUCCAAGAAAUGUGUACGGGCGGAGAACUGUACGACCGGAUCGUGCAGCGCGGUAAGUAUUCGGAAACCGACGCUGCCGACAUCAUGCGACAACUAGUGUCAGCUUUACAAGCUCUGCACGCACACAACAUCCUUCACCUGGACAUUAAACCAGAGAACAUUUUGUUCUCGUCCGAAGACGCAGAUUCCAAGAUCCUACUCACCGAUUUCGGACUUGCUCGGAUGAUCAACGGCAAGCAGAACCCUCUGGAUCAAGGCAAGACGAUGGCUGGUACCAUCGGAUACAUGGCUCCGGAGGUCAUUUCGUCCCACGCGUACAGCGAGGCCGCCGAUGUGUUUAGUGCCGGCGUCAUUCUCUUCAUCUUACUAGUGGGCUAUCCGCCUUUCUUCGGCGAUUCCGAAGUGGAAGUCUUGCUUAAGAUUGCUAGAGGCGACUUCACUUUCGAUCCGCGAGAUUGGGCACACGUCUCUGGAUCGGCCAAGGAGCUGGUGGCGCGUAUGCUUGAAGUGCGUGUGCAAGACCGUAUCACCAUAGACGAGGUGUCAACGCACCCGUGGAUCACACGAGACGUUUCUAACCAAGAUGAGCACGAAGAAGACCGUGACCUCAGUGCCAGUAUGAUGACGAAGCUGCAACGCUUCAAUAUCGACCGCAAGUCUCAGAACAUGGGGACGUUCAUGGCUUCACUGCUUCUUGACGACAACGAAGCAGAUUUCCAAGUGCUUGUGGAUGAAAAAACUGUGGAAAUGAUGAUCCGACAGCUCUGUGUUCAAGGCCACAACCGGAUCCCACUGGAUGGAGCUCAUGUGAUAGCAAAGGGACUUGGCUUGUCGCCGUUUAUCGACGAGAAAUCUUUCGUGCAGUUUCUGGAUCAAGACCACGAUGGCUUCAUCAGUGCCAGCGACUUUUGCGCCGGCGUUCGUGCACUGCGGAGUCACCACGAGUCGUUCGCUAGAAUGGUUUUCUCGGCGAUACAGAAAAUGUACGCACUCGAAGAGAAGAGUGGUCCAAAGGAAGAAACUGUACUUACACGCGAACACUUCGUCGUGGCGUUCUCAAUACUGGAAUGUCCGGAACCACUCGUCGAGGUUUUUUUCAAAUAUAUCGAUGAAGAAGAAGAGACGCAAACCAACUUGUGGGCGGUGAACGAAGCCGAGUUCGCGAUUCUCUUCACGCAGUUCUCUUUUCUCGGUAUGCUCUUCCUACGGACAGCUAAAGACAACGUGAUGUCGAUGGUCAAGUCGCACAGUGUCGAUGGCAUGCCACGUAUCUCCGAGACGUCCUUCUGCUCCGCAUAA